AUGGAUGGACCGACGCCGCCGCAUGAUCACGAUCACGAUCAUUCUAUCAUUUCUAUGGCUAUGGAUAACAACGACUACGUGGCCGAUCAUCAUGACCUAAUUAUUAAUCCUCCGUUUCUCUCCAUGCAGCAUGAUCAUCACAACUACCAAUAUCUACCCCCGCUACCAAUGGUUGCACAAAACCCUAAUCAUGAAAGCUUGUUAAAUGCGCAGCUUCUUAUUCCUCCCGAUAUUGGAACCUGGUUUAGUAACGUCUUCCCCUCGUCGUCCUCAACAACAACACAUAAUCCGUCGCUCUUGUGCGGAUCGACGUCUCUGCCGCCGCCAAAUACAGGCGGCGGCUUGAGCGCGAAGGGGAGGAUAGGUAGAAGAAACAAGAGGGUCGUGCCACGUAGGGUUGCAUUCCAAACUAGGAGCUCCGAGGAUGUUCUUGAUGACGGUUACCGUUGGAGAAAAUACGGACAGAAAGCUGUUAAAAAUAGCGUCCAUCCCAGGAGUUAUUAUAGAUGCACUCAUCACACAUGCAAUGUGAAGAAACAGAUCCAACGGCUAGCAAAGGAUACGAGCAUAGUAGUGACAACAUAUGAGGGAAUACAUAAUCAUCCUUGUGAGAAACUUAUGGAGACAUUAACUCCUCUUCUCAAACAACUUCACUUUCUCUCUAGAUUCUAA